AUCGCUCAGUAUAUAAAGCAAGACAACGACGGACGGAGGACGGCUGGGGAGUCGCAGCCCGGGAUUGUAAAUAAGACCGCAAGAACUGUGUUUUAUUUACAAAAGUGAUGCCGGCUGUGGUAGAGUACCGUUCCCAGUUGUUUUAAGUCGUUUUUCGUAAUUUUUGGCUCUAUUUCUCGCCUAUUUCCGUGUGGUUCUUACACUACGCGAAUAAUGGCGAGCUCGGCUAACUCGAACCCAGUGCCUAAACUAUAUAGGUCUGUGAUUGAGGAUGUGAUCAGCGAGGUGCGAGAGCUGUUCCUGGAUGAGGGAGUCGAUGAACAAGUGCUGCUGGAGUUGAAAACGCUAUGGGAAAACAAACUGUUGCAGUCGAAGGCAGUGGAGGGCUUCCACACAGAGGAGCAGGUGGCCCUGCAGGCCGCUCAGCAGCAGCAACAGCAGCAGGUUCAGCAGGUUCAACAGGUCCAGCAGGUGCAGCAGGUCACCCAGCCAGCGCAGACCCAGCAAGUCAUCCAGAUUCCUCAGCAGCAGCAAGCUCCCCAGCAGCAAGUCAUUGUUCAGGAUUCAAAGAUUCUACAGCACAUGAGUGCAACAGGGAUGAGUGCAGCAGCUACUGCAGCAACCCUUGCUUUGCCCACAGGAGUCACCCCAUACCAACAGCUCAUCACCAGCCAAGGUCAGAUUUUGCAGGUGGUGCGCGCUCCCAAUGGGGCUCAGUACAUCAUCCAGCAGCCCCAGCAGCAGAUCCUGCUACAGCAGCAAAUGCAGCCUGGUGGUGUGCAGGCCCCUGUGAUACAGCAGGUACGUCCUAUUGCACAGGUUCUUGCUCCUCUGCCGGGAGGCCUGCCCCAGCAAACAGGAGUCAUCAUCCAACCGCAGCAGAUUGUCUUAGCUUCAGGAAACAAAGUCCAAGGCAAUGCACAGGUGAUGCAAGCAGCAGGCAUGGCGCAGCAGCCUGGUCAGGUGACAACAGCAACUCUGGUGCAGCAGCUUCAGCAGGCCCAGGGUGCAGCUGCCCCACAGGCCCAACCUCAACCUCAGGCCCAGCAGCAAGCCCAGCCUCAGACUCAACCUCAGACCCAGCAGCCACCCAUGAUGCUGCAGGUGGACGGCGCCGGAGACACCUCCUCGGAAGAGGACGAGGAUGAGGAGGAGUACGAUGAGGAUGACGAGGAGGAGAAGGACAAGGAUGGGGGAGAGGAUGGGCAGGUUGAAGAGGAGCCACUGAACAGUGAGGAUGAUGUCAGUGAUGAGGAGGACCAGGAGCUGUUUGAUACAGAGAAUGUAGUGGUGUGCCAGUAUGACAAGAUUCACAGAAGUAAGAACAAAUGGAAAUUCCACCUGAAGGACGGGAUCAUGAAUCUGAACGGGAGAGACUAUGUCUUCUCCAAAGCCAUUGGGGAUGCCGAAUGGUGAAGUAGAAAAAAACAAACAAACAGACAAAGCAACAGGAGCAGGAACUCUGUAACUCCUUCUAUCCAGUCAACAGACACUUCAAUAUCCUUCCAUAUCUUGCGACUGGAUUCAUUUCAGGAAAUCUUUUCUGAGUCUUUGAGAACUCUGGUAAACCCAAAGGACUGUGAGGUACCGUACAAACCAGUGUGUGGUUAAAAACACUCCACUAGCCUUGUGGGAUAAGAAACCUAAAGGGGGAUGGAAGUCCUGUGAGCAGAGCGUUCUUGUGAUCUUUUUUUUUUUGCUUCUCAAGGCUUCUCUUACCUUUAUCCUAAGAGGAUUCACGUGUCAGAAAGUAAGCAUUUCACAUCGUACAGGUGUAGUGGACCAGGGUGACCUGACCUGACCUGCUGCAGGUGGUUGGAGGUCAUUCAUUAAAACCCUGUAGAUGAGUAACACCUUCACGAUGCACUGUAGUCAGUUGACUGGAAUGACAUGCGUCUACAUUUAAGUCCAAACUUAGUGCCACUCGUCAAGGUUGCUGCCUUUAGAACGGCCAGAAUCACCUUUUGGCUUCAGAUUUUUUGUUCUCGGAUCGUCAUUCUGUCUCAAUUCAUGUUCAUGAAAAUGGUGCUCCAGAGUGUUUUAUGUAGGUAACAACCUGUUAUUCUUUUAAACAUUUUUUUAAACAUGUUUGAUAUAGAGUUAAGACAAAGAAGGUAACGUUACAUUAAUCCUUAAAUAACCAACUGUUGUUUGAAGGUAUUUUUUUAAUCUUAGAAGUGCUGAAUCCAAAAAUACUGUUAAUUUCCUCAUCGGCUUCUCUGGAGCUUCAUUCCAUCUUUAUCCCCAAGCUUAACAGAAAAAAGGAAGAUCCAACACUGAACUCAUUUAUAAAUUGUAUAAACUGUCUGAAAGUUUGUCCUGUUGGUGUUUCUUCUUUGCUCUUAUUUUAGUUCUCUGCAGCCGUCUGAAAAUUUGCACUGUCAGUUUAUCAAUGUGUUGUGAAAUCAGUCAGUUGCUCUAAUCAAUAGCCACAGCGUGCUCUGGUCUGUCUAUUUGCGUGUUGGUGAGUGAGGGACUGGCUUUCAACGUGGGUAUGUUGAUUUGAUGAGUGUUGUCACAGCUUUCUUUGUUGAUUGUUUUAGACUAAAUUCUUGCACACCCCAUGAUGUUUUUUUUCUUUUUGUAGUUGGGGCAGGACAGAGUCCCCCACCCCCUUUUUUUAUUUAUUCCUGAAGUCAUAACAUGUUCUAUUUUUUGAGAAGUUGGAAAGCCGCACCAAACUGUGCUCUUAUAAUCAAAUAAGUGUUCCUUUUUUUCUGUUGGCUGGACAAAGCGACUUUAUGCUGUGUUCCAAAUCAUUUCGUCCACCAUAUGUUCUCCUGUGCUUUCAUUUUAUUCAUAACUUUUAAAUGAAAAUAUUUUCUAUCGAAGUGAGUUGAACUCGGGGCAUGUGUGUUUCUCUGCAGUUUGUUUUUAGUGCCCCUGUUGCAGCAAUUUGAAAUAAAGGAUGUGUUUUUUGACUGUUGUGUUUGGUUGAUGGUUGGAUCUGUAGAGUACAAAGUUUUAAAAACACAAGGAUGAAUAAAGGAUGACUUUCUAAUA